AUGACAUCUGGAGAACCAAAGACAAGCCUCAAGGAAGCCUACCCGUCUGCCAAGAGGCUGCUGCCAAGGGCGGAGGAGGAGGGAGAGGCGGACGACUACUGUACCCCUGGAGCCUUUGAGCUGGAGCGACUCUUCUGGAAGGGCAGUCCCCAGUACACCCAUGUCAACGAGGUCUGGCCCAAGCUGUACAUCGGUGAUGAGGCGACCGCGCUGGACCGCUACAGUCUGCAGAAGGCGCGCUUCACUCACGUGCUAAACGCGGCCCACGGGCGCUGGAACGUGGACACGGGCCCCGACUACUACCGAGACUUGGCCAUUGAGUACCACGGUGUGGAGGCGGACGACUUGCCCACAUUCGACCUCAGCAUCUUCUUCUACUCGGCCGCGGCUUUCAUCGACUCUGCGCUCCGCUACGACCACAAUAAGAUCCUGGUUCACUGUGUCAUGGGCCGCAGCCGGUCAGCAACACUGGUCCUAGCCUACCUGAUGAUCCACAGGAACAUGACUUUGGUGGAUGCCAUUCAACAAGUGGCCAAGAACCGCUGUGUCCUACCCAACCGGGGCUUUCUGAAGCAGCUCAGAGAACUGGACAUACAGCUGGUGCAGCAGAGGCGACAGGUGCAGGGCAGCGACAAUGGUGAGAUGGUUGGUGAGGAGGAACCCUAG